UUUGAGAGAGAAAGAGUGUGUGUCUCUGUUAAACCGAACCAAUUCGAUUUCACUCGCCGUUACUCUGAGAGAGAUAGAGAGAGAGAGAGAGAGAGAGAGCUCCGAUCAUCGCUCCCGUCCAAUCUCCGCCGUCCAUUCUCCGAACCCGAUCAUCAUCGAGUUCAAUUCGGGGGAGAGUUUGGAUUCUAAUAUGAAUUCCGUCAAUUUCUAUUUGAUUUUUUUGGGGAUUUUUUUUCAUAGAAGAAGGAUUGUGAUAGUUUUCAAUUGCGCACUGUAAUAAUCGCUUCUAGGGGAUUCGGGUUUCUGGGUUUUGUUGGGUUUUUCGAGAGCUUUGGUGGGUGUGGGAAUUUGGACUGAUAUGCUGGACUUUAGGGAAGGUGGUGGGGGCGUUUAGAACACAAGGGUUAGGGUUUUAGGGGGGUUAGGGUUAGGGUUAGGGUUUCAAGAGAGAGAGAGAUAUGGAGGUGAAUAAUAAUAAUACUACCGAGCUUGAAGAAGGCGAGGCUUCUUGCUAUUACAAGGACGACGACGACGAAAACUUUGACCCGGAUAUCGAUCUCGCUUACCUUGAAGAGAAACUUGAUCAAGUUCUGGGACAUUUCCAGAAGGAUUUCGAGGGUGGGGCUUUUGCUGAGAAUUUGGGGGCCAAAUAUGGUGGAUAUGGCUCAUUUUUACCUACACAUGAACGAUCUACAUCCGUUUUGUCUACUCCAAAGACACCGCAGGGAAACUGCAACACAUCAAGAUCUCCUAAAAGUUCCAUGGAGGGUGCCUCUCAAAAUUUGAAAGCUUCAUCAAAUGCGCUUCCAACUGUGAGGCUCAGAACUUCUUCAUCUAGUGCUCGUUUGUCACAUAAUUCUAGGGUUUUUGUGGGCGUUUCCUCUAAAGAGGAUUCAUGUGUUCCUUCUACUCAAGUAGCUGAGAGGUGUUCCUUGAAAGAUGAGAUGCCAAACAGAUCUGGUAAUCCAGCUGAUCGAAGGACACUAAAGGUUCGAAUCAAAAUGAACUCUGAUAACACAUCUCGGAAGAACGUAGCAAUUUAUAGUGGUCUUGGGCUUAACUCCCCAUCUUCAUCUUUUGGGAAUAGCCCCGACGAAAGUGGAGAGAUGCCACCUGCCUCUCAAGUGAAUGUAGAUGAGUCUCCCACUAACAUUAUUCAGGUUAUGACUUCGUCUCCAGUUCCUGGGCAUGUGCUGAUGUCACCUCUUCAUGACAGUUUAAUUUCUCUAACGAGAAAGAAAAAGCUUCAUCAACAGAACAUGCUGCCCCAAUCUAAGGGUCCUCAAGAACAUUCUUCUUUGUCUGCUUCCACACUGGGAAAUGGAAAAUUGUUAAAGGAGCCGAAUGUUGAAGUUACAGGUAAAGGUGAAAAGCAGGUAGAACUGAAGAUUGAGAGUGUUAUGAAUGUUAAGAAUGACAUGAAAAUUCUUAUAAAAAAGAAAUCAGGAACCGACACUCUAGGAGGCAAGGAGCUAUUGUCCAAUGGCUACAAAACAUUCCAGUUAUCCAACUCAGUGGGUGAUGUUGUUGACUGUGUUAAAGUUACUCAUAGAACACCCAAUUCCCGGGUAACCAAUGAGAAUGAGGUGAAAAGAAGUUUAUCUUUCUCUGAGUUGGCGAAGCAGGAGUCAUUGGAGUCGAUCUCCGGUCAUGGUUGUGACAAGAAUGAGAAGCAAAAUUCUAGGUGUGGUUCAGUGGAAAAAGUUCGGAAACAGUCAGUAAAAAAUUCCCACAAGGAUGCCCUGGUUGAUCUCAGAGAUGGAGGCAAGAACAAGGGUUUUUCUGCCUCAAUAGAUUAUUCUGGUGCAUUCAAAUGCAAGGAAGAGCUAGACCUGCACCCCCAAAAUGCUGGUGAGGAAAGUACAUAUCAUGAUCAAGAAAAGACUAAUGUGCCUGGCAGGAAGGAAACGCUGUCUUUUGAGGGCAAGAUUAAGUCACAGGGAAAACUAAGUAAUGAAAAGCAACCAGGUAUUUUAACAAAGGAAAGCUUGGGAGUUGAAAUGGGUGUAGUGUCAAAAGAUGAAAUGAAUGGUGGUCAUGGUGUUUCUCUAUCUAGCAGAAAAGUGCAGAAGUUAAAGUCGCAGAAGGAUACAAUCAGAGAUAACCGUAGAGAUUCAUUGGCGGCUAAAGUUUUGGAACGAAGGGCUAAAAUGGAUGUAGCAGAAAGGCCUAUUGAUGAUAUUGACAUGGAAUGUAAAUCAUCCAAGGACAGACCAAGUGAAAAACUGAGUGGUAGAAAGGUUGAUAAUCGGUUAAUGUCAGGGGGGUCUGUAAACGAUGCUUCUACUAUGUGCCGCCCUACAAUUGAAAAUGGACUUGCAUCAGAGAUUGUACCAGUAGCUGCAGCUCCUGUUGUUAUAGAAGAAGAUUGGGUAUGCUGUGAUAGUUGUCAGAAGUGGAGGCUUCUCCCCUUCGGCAAAAAGCCAGAGCAACUCCCUGAGAAAUGGUUGUGUAGUAUGCUAGACUGGCUGGGGCCUGGGAUGAACCAAUGUGACAUCAGUGAAGAUGAAACAACAAAAGCACUUAAUGCAUUGUACCAUCUACCAUCUUCAGAAAGUCUAACUAACCCGCAAACUCAUGCUAAUGGAACAUCAUCUGUAGUACCUUCAGGUCAUGCUCAACAUCUGGAUCAAAAUUAUCAAAAUCUCAGUUCUAAUGGCAUGUCUAAUAGGGUGAAGAAGAGACAUGGUGUGAAGGAAAAAAGGAAUGCAGGUAGUGGUGAUGGUGUCUUGAAAUCUUACCUGCAAGAACCUGUGAAGUGUAUAAGCUUAAAUGACAUGAACCUCCCUCCUUUAGAACCAAAUCCAAUAAAGAAAUCUAGUGAUCAAUAUAUGAGUAACCUCCAGAACUUGGGCAUGGAAGAAAACAUAGCCAAACAGAAGGAGAAGCAAAUGAGUGGAGGUGAUGCAAAGAAAGUAAGAUUAAAACACAAGAAGGAUACUGAUCACUAUAAAUGUGGUACUUCUAAGAAGCCCAGGAGAGAAGAUGUGUUGCAUGCUGAUAAAGAUCAGAGUUCUGAUAACGACCUUGGGAGGGUGGGGAUCACUUCUAGUAAUGGUGUGCUGACCCAUGUACUUGGUCAGGAUGGAAAAUACAAUGAUUUCUGUUACUCUGAAGACACAGAGGACAAAUUACAAAUUUCUGCAAGGAAACCGGGGCAUCAAACUCAGGUCUCAUUAGAUGGUGGGCCUUUGGAUGUGAGAACGUGCAGUAAAGGGGAUAGUUCCGUGAAGAAAAUGAGAAAGAGAGAGUGGCAGGAUAAUCAGAAUAAUGUGGAAACAUUUCAUAAUUCUGUGCAUGAAGGCCGGGUAAAUACAAAGCAGGAAAGUAGUGAAAGUGGAUCUUGGAAGGAAAAGAAGGCCAGGAUUUUGAAAACUGAAGGCAAAGAGUCUAGCACUAUUAAUAUUGAUGAUAAGUCAGAUAGAAAGAGCAGAGUUACCAAAAUUGUUGUGUCAGGCAUAAAAGCUCAUCCCAUUGAUCCUAUGAAAAAGGAUAGGAAUAUUGUUAAGGAUCAGCAACCCAGGAAUCGCGGUAAAAGGGAUUUGGGAUCUGGGCAUGUUUCUUUAGCUGCCACUUCAAGCUCUUCAAAGGUUUCAGGUUCCUGUAAAAGCAGAGGUAAGCUUGAGGAAGUGAAAGGCUCGCCUGUGGAAUCGGUUUCUUCAUCUCCUUUAAGGACCUCUAACUCAGACAGGCUGACUUCGGCGAAGGGAGAUGGCUUUGUGAAGGAUGAACCCAUUUGUGGUGGAUUCUCUCUGACGAGUAAUUCCAAAAGAUGCUGGGAUGGGGAUGGAAAUGGUAGUGUUGCUAGAUUUGGGAACACCAGGACAGAGAAAACAUCAGAGCGUAUUCAUCCUGAAUCUCAUAAAUUUUCAACAGUAGGCUACCAUGAGGGAGAUGCUAGUGGUCAUGAUGAUAGUUUAGGACAACAUGGCCAGUUCCUCAGUAAUCAGCAUGACCUGCAUCAUUGCCAUCAUGAUAAUAGAGAGAACAAGAUCCACCCCGAAGAUGCAGUUUUUCUGAAAAGAUCCGGUAAGGACUCCUGUUUGCAGUCUAAGGACAAUAUUAGAGGUUCUACUAGUGACUUAGAUAUGGAUAAGAUGAAGAUCUCGGGUCCAGUGAAUGAGUACUCAAAAAAGAGUCAAAGAUAUGCAUCUGAGAUUGACCGCAAUCAUGAUGUUAGAAACAAUCUUCCUGAAGAGUGUAGCAUUAAGCCAGUGAAGGUCAAGGAUGAGAAAUAUCAUGUUACUUGGGGGGACAAGGUGGGACAAGGGUCAAGUGGCAGUGCAGCGGAAACUCAACUAAAACAAAAAGGCUAUGAUGUGUCAGAUGAGAAGUUGGGUGCUACUCAAUUCCCUAUUAGAAAAGGUGCCCCGCGGCAGAACAUGAAUCAGGAUUUUGGGUAUGGUCAGAAACAAAAUAAUUCCAGAAGCGGAAAACCAAAAUCAUCUUCACAUUCUCACAGUGAAUUAAAAGAGGGGAUUACAAAAAAAGAAGGGGAAGAAGGGAUUGAAAGGGAAGAGGGGGCACGAUCUCAUGGUUCUCGAGCUGUGGCAUGGCCUGAGAGAGAAGUUGUGUUUCAAGGACUUCCAGUAAGUUCUGCUGUCAAUGGUAAUAUGCAAAAGUCAGUAAAACAAUGUGGGACUGCUUCUAACAAGAAUGGAGUUAAUCGCAAUUUGGGACAUCUUAUGCCCGAUCAUCAGGGAGCAAGAGAUGUCAAUGCUUCAAGUCCUGUGAUAGGCACCUCUGGCCAGAUUGCUACUAAGACCCUGAAUAAAGCUAGAAGUCUAAGAGACACGGCUGAAAAUUCUAAGAACCGUGGGUUUCGCGACGAAAGUAGUGUGGCUUAUUUCCAAGCUGCCCAAAAGUUUCUUCAAGGAGCAGCACUUUUGGAAAGUUGCGGUAAUGAGAAAGGCAAGCAUGAAGAUAUGAGUCCAUUGCAAGUGUAUAGCAGUACAGCUAAGCUUUGCGAAUUUUGUGCCCAUGAAUUCGAAGAACUCAAAGAAGUUGCUUCUGCUGCUUUGGCCUAUAAAUGCAUGGAGGUGGCAUACAUGAGGGUGGUUUACUGUAAACAUUCUAGUAUAAACAGAGAUCGGCAGGAGUUGCAAGCUACUCUGAAUAUGCCUCCUCAAGGUGAGUCUCCAUCAUCUUCUGCAUCAGAUAUUGAUAAUUUAACCAACCAAGUGACAGCAGAAAAGGCUAUAUUAUGUAAGGGUACUGGUUCUCAUGUUGCUGGAAACCAUCAUGUUGCUCGAAACCGCCCCAAGAUUCUCAGGCUGCUCGACUUUACACAGGAUGUAAAUUGUGCAAUGGAAGCCUCCACAAAAUCCCAGAGUGCUUUUUCAGCUGCUUGCCUGACCCUGGAAGAUGCACAUAAGAAUGAUUGUAUUUCUUCUAUUAGGAGGGUAAUUGAGUUCAGCUUCCAAGAUGUAGAGGAAUUCGUCCACUUGGUUGAACAUGCAAUGAUGGCCAUAGGUCGGUCCAAAUUUGGUGGUGCUAGAGAUUAAGUCAACCUUGUAGAUAUUGCAUGUUUUUCUGGUUUUUCGUCAAAACAGGCAUCAGGAAAGAAAGGACAAGGAUGCCUACAUAGAUCUGCACUUGAAAAUCUGCGAAGAGGCGGUUUCAACAGAUUAUUACCCUCUGUACAUGUGUACAAAGUGAGAUUCAUUAGCAAAUUUUGUAUUGUAUUUCUUUUUUCAACUUAAGUCUAUUCUUGACGUGGAUAAGAGCACAGCAUGCUCAUCCAUUAGUUUCAUGGGUUGGGAAAAGAGGAAAUGAUUUAAUUGUUCGGCAGCACAGCUUGGAGAUUAAGAUUAUGUAAUAGUUCAGUUCUAUAAUUUUUUGGCUCCCUGGAUUAGGAGCUUGAGGAAAAAAUAUUUAUAGAGAUUGGAUACUCGUAGGCAACCAUUUUGAGGAGGUUGAAUACUAAUAUAGUGAUGACUGAUCAAUGUUCAAUUAAAGCAUUUUCUGUUUAUUACCAUUUUAUUGAAUUUUUGAUGGAAUGGAAACCAAA